AAGCCGGGACAGGCGGCUCCGCAGUCCCGGCGCUCACCGGACGGUGCCCGCUGAGGCGCUCCCGGUUCCGGGAGGCGGCGGUUCAGCUUCCGGGUGAGGGGUGAGCGGGCGCCCGCCGCCGCCAUGGCCGCGGGGCAGGAGGCUGCGCUGCCCCCCGGCCCGCCGCGCUGGAGGCCCGGCCCGGCCCCGCCGCCCGCCUGAGCCCGCUGAGGAGCCGCCGAGCUCGCCUCGCCAUGACCCCCUGAACCCUACUGCUGCUCACAAAGGCCAUGGAGAAGAGGUUGGAAGCCAAGUUCAGCAUUAGCGCCCGGUUCCUGUCGCGACACUGCCUGGGAAAGCCAGCAAGGGAGCCCAGAGGUCUGCAGCUGCUCUGCCUGUGCGCCUGCCUGUGUGCCUUGUGCUCCUCAGCAGAUGCAAACUGGAACAGAUCUAAAUGUGAGCCGGGGAAGAUCGUGUUUGGUGGCCAUUUGAGAUCGUGGGAAGAUCAUCAUUUACAGCUUCUGGAAGGAUUUCAUACCAUCUGGUCCUGUCAGAGCGCUUGCUGCCAGAGCCCCACCUGUGAUGCCUUUUGGUUCUUGGAAAAUCUGUGCAUCCAGGUGAACUGCACUGUGCGUGGCACGUGUCAGGCGAACAGGACUGACGCUUCUGACUCUGUUUUGGUAUUUUUAAAGAAAUCAAAAAGCAUGGAGCGCUCCUUAAAGUUUCAGACAGAAGGUGAUGUGAAGACCUGGUUUCACAAGCAGUUGGACCGGGACAUCCCUGCGCAGGGGAGAAAAAGACUGCGGAGGUCGUUGCAGACGUGGAGCUUCGCGGGGAAAAGGAUGGAAGUCCAGAGAGGGGCCAGAGCAGUGAGCCCUGGCACUGAGGCUGCGGCCAGAGCACCACACAGCAAAUCCAGAAGCAGCCGAAGCGAAGCAGAACGCUUGAAGGAUCAGGUACUGAGGCACUUAGUGGCAGACAAACCAGUUCCCAAAGGCCAUCCAAAUCAAGAGGACUCGCUGACAGAUGGACAGAACCCAAGAGAGCAGAAACCCAAAAGCCCCUUCCCUCCUAACAGCAAUAAUGUGAAUAGGUCGAGCGACGCAGACGGUGUUGGUUUGUCAUGGAUCUCCACAGGAACACCUGCGCCAGACCCGUCAGUGCUGGCUGCGUUCUCCAGCCCUGUGGCACAGGGUUUGGCAGCCGCGGGGGAGACCGAGAAGCCUGGGCAGCCGGAGGACGCUUUGCUCCAUCCUCACGCCUCGGACGUGUUGCCCACGGUCAGCCCCGUGCCAGGAAAAAGCACACCAAAGCUGCAGACAGCUACUUCAGUGCCAAGUGGUGUCCCCACAAACGGCAGCGUUUCUACAACCCAGACCAGCGCUGCCGUGUCACCGAGUGCGACGGCCACCACACCAGUUAUGAAGGAGCUGGUGGUUUCUGCUGGAGACAGCGUCCAAGUGACUCUGCCAAAGAAUGAAGUUCAGCUGAAUGCUUUUGUGCUUCCUGAACCGCCACCUCGAACCACUUAUUCCUAUGAGUGGGAAUUGAUUACUCAUCCAAAAGACUACAGUGGAGAAAUGGAAGGGAAGCACUCACAGACUCUUAAGUUAUCUAAGCUUACUGUUGGUCUGUAUGAAUUCAAAGUCAUCGUUGAUGGGGAAAACGCCCGUGGAGAGGGUUACGUGAAUGUAACAGUGAAUCCAAAGCCUCGGGUGAAUCAGCCUCCUGUUGCCGUUGUGUCCCCGCAGUUCCAGGAGAUUUCACUGCCAACCAUUUCCACGGUUAUUGAUGGCAGCCAAAGCACUGAUGAUGAUAAAAUUGUCAGCUAUCACUGGGAAGAGCUGAAGGGUCCUCUGCGGGAGGAAAAGGUCUCUAGCGACACUGCCAUACUGACGCUGACCAACCUGGUACCCGGGAAUUACACCUUCAGUCUAACAGUAGUGGACUCAGACGGUGCCAGCAACUCCACCACUGCAAACCUGACUGUGAACAAAGCCGUGGAUUAUCCUCCAGUGGCAAACGCGGGCCCAAACCAAGUGAUCACCCUGCCUCAGAACUCCAUCACCCUCUACGGGAAUCAGAGCACCGAUGAUCACAGCAUCGUCAGCUACGAGUGGCUGCUCAGCCCGAACAGCAAAGGGAAGGUGAUGGAGAUGCAGGGGGUGAGGACACCAGUCUUACAGCUCUCUGCGAUGCAAGAAGGUGAUUACACUUACCAGCUGAUAGUGACGGAUUCCGCUGGGCACCAAUCCACUGCAGAGGUCACGGUGAUAGUCCAGCCAGAGAACAAUAAGCCCCCAAAGGCGGAUGCUGGUCCAGAUAAAGAAUUAACUCUUCCUGUGGACAGCACCACUCUGGAUGGCAGCAAGAGCUCAGAUGACCAGAAGAUUGUCUCCUUUCUUUGGGAAAAAACACGGGGCCCCGAUGGCGUCAAGCUGGAGAACGCCAACAGCAGCAUUGCCACUGUAACCGGCCUCCAAGUUGGGACGUACGAGUUUACUCUGACCGUUAAAGACGAGAGGAACUUGCAGAGCCAAAGCUCCGUCAACGUCAUUGUCAAAGAAGAGAUAAACAAGCCGCCAGUUGCAAAGAUCGCUGGAAAUGUUGUCAUCACCUUGCCCACAAACACAGCUGAGCUGGAUGGAUCCAAGUCCUCUGACGAUAAGGGAAUUGUCAGCUACCUGUGGACCCGGGACGAGGGGAGCCCAGCCGCUGGGGAAGUCUUAAAUAAUUCAGACCAUCAUCCUGUCCUCCUCCUGUCCAAUCUGGUGGAAGGGACCUACACGUUCCACCUCAGAGUAACAGAUGCCAAAGGAGAGAGUGAUGUGGAAAGGACCACAGUGGAAGUAAAACCUGAUCCUAGGAAAAAUAACCUCGUGGAGAUAAUUCUGGAUGUUAAUGUGAGCCAGCUGACCGAGAGGCAGAAGGGUAUGUUCAUCCGACAGAUCGGGGUGCUGCUGGGGGUCCUCGACUCGGACAUUACCGUGCAGAAGAUCCAGCCGUACACUGAGCAAAGCACGAAGAUGGUGUUUUUUGUGCAGAAUCAGCCUCCACACCAGAUAUUCAAAGGACGAGAGGUGGCCUGGACGCUAAAAAAUGAACUACGGAAACAACAGUCAGACUUCCUCAUCUUCCGGGCAUUAGAAAUCAAUACAGUCACGUGUCAGCUGAACUGCUCCGAGCACGGGCGCUGUGACUCCUUCACCAAGCGCUGCGUCUGUGACCCUUUCUGGAUGGAGAACUUCAUCAGGGCGCAGAUGGGGGACGGCGAAAGCAACUGCGAGUGGAGCGUGCUGUAUGUGAUCAUCGCAUCUUUUCUCAUUGUGGUUGCCUUUGGCAUCCUGUCCUGGAUGGUGAUCUGCUGUUGUAAGAGACGAAAAGGAAAAUCCAAAAGAAAAAGCAAAUACAAGAUUUUGGAUGCAACGGAUCAAGAAAGCCUGGAGUUAAAACCAAAUCCCAAAGCAGGCGGCAGACAGAAAGCCCAGGUCCUCAACACCAGCCUGAUGCACUCGGAGUCUGAACUGGACAGCGAUGAAGCCAUCUUCACCUGGCCUGACCGUGAGAAAGGGAAACUGCUCCGCAGCCAGAACGGCUCCUUGCGCAACGGACAAGUGGCGCCCAAAGCCAAGAACCAGAGGGAGGAAAUCCUAUAGCUCCCUGGGGCGGCCGUCGCCGAGCUUGGCGGGAAAGGCCGCUCCUGUCCCCGUCCUACAGCGGCCUUGGCGGCCGGUUUGAUGAGGACAACGCUGCUAACUUGUUUCACAGAAAAUAACUUUGUUUUUGUGGGUUUCUUUUCAUUCAGUUAAAACUGGUUGUACUUGAAUUUGAACUUCAAGGGAAAUCAAAGGGAGGAGAAAGCAACUGUGAACUCCGGGCGAAGUGUCGGAAAAGGACAGAGCUGGCGUCUGGAGAGCGGCAGGACAGAACCACUUGGAGUGACCGUGACUGCAGGACCCUCCUGGCCCACUCGAACUGCACGAAACACACACCUGGGACUUCGGACUUCAGCUCCACGGCAGCUCCUUGGAGGAGGAAGGUUGAGGCUGCGCUUUGAGCUGUGCUCUGAGCUCCCUUCAGGCUCCUACAGCCUACCACGGGUUACUUCUGCUGUCCAACGGCUUCUUUUUCUCUUUUCCUCCCACCUUCCCUAAUGGUUUAAGCACUAUUUUAAUUUACACUUGCCCUUUCACAUGCACUUGGCUGCUUUUGGAGUGUAGAGGAGGGGGAAUCUAAACAUUAUGGUCACACUCCAUCAGCUCGCGGGGAAGAGGGGGGUUUGUAGCUGUUCAGAUUACCGGCAGGCCCUUCUCACUGGGAGCGUUGGUGACACGGUGGCAUUUGGGAUGUGAAAGGCUGUGGUGAUUGCCUGGGCUGGGGCACCCCUCUGCGCUGGGGGGACACCCGCCUGUGCCACCUGUGUCGAACAUCUGGCUGAAUUCCAAAGCUGUGACAUGUUCAGUGGCCCCAGCACCUUCUGUGGGUCGCCAAGCCGUCCGUGAGUCUGGACAUUAACCAUAUCUCAGUUAUGAAAUGCCAUAUACUGUGGUUUGUUUUUGUUUUGUUUUACCUGAAAAUUUGCACAAGCCAGGCAAACAGGGGUUGCUCUCCUGGGUCCCCAGCAACUGGCUGCUCCCUCUGCCCGGCAGCCUAGUGGCCUCACGCUACAAUUGAAGAGCCGCACGUGCUCCUGAUGCAGCGGGACGUGCACGCUUGGUGGAAAAGGGAACUCGGUAGCCGAGGCCGUUGCGUGGUGAGUGCCGGCGGCGCUGGCCGCGUGUCAGGGCUCUGGCAGGUGGGGGGUCCUUUCCCGUACCCCUCCGUUAUCUCACUGUGCUGCUUUCACGAGUGGCACCCCUGUCCUUGGGCAGGAAUCAGCCUCUUGCUGGCGUGAAGGAUGCCACUGCUCCUCUGGAUGGGUGGGUGGCUCAUUGCCUUUCUUUGUGUUUAAUUUAAAAACUGGAAACUUCUUUUGUUGGCUUUUUUGAGCUAUGAAAGCCAAAAAGGCUUUAACUUCCUUGGUUGUAUUUAUAUUGCUGCACUACUGAUUUGUGUUGAGCUAGAUGAAGAUUAAACACUAUUGAAUGGGAGGGAAUGUUCCCUCGCUGAAUGUAGUCAUGGCUGCUGCUAAGUUCAUUUUCCCGGCCAUUGUGUCGUCCUCGGGCACCAGCGCUGGAGCCUGCGGCUCUCCUGACCGUCAGCCUCGAGCCCUCCCGGCUCUGCCAGGCGCCGGACUUGCCUCCCACUUGUCACCGUCACGGCAGGGCCGCCCCACGGCUUGUCCGUGUGGCUCAGCGCCAGCGUCCCCUUCCCGCUGUCCUGCACCCGCUCUCCCGACGGCUCCUUCCCUCCCAGGACCACACACGGACGGGGCUGACACCGCGAUGCUCCCUGCGCCGUGACGUCUCAAAGGGACACGGCCCAGCGCCGGCUGCAGCCGCUGCUGUCAGCUGGGUGACGGCCGGACAUUUAACUCUUGGGUGACACCACUCUGAUGCGUUUUCCUUUAUUUGGAUGUAAGGUGAUGACAAAACGCAGUUUUGAAGGUGCAGGGAGGGAUCAGAUGUGGUGCCUGGACUGCACCUGGAAGCGAAUUGUACUGUUACAACAGAGACAUUGGAUUCUCUCUGAUUCUGGUCCUUGGGGCUUGUGCUUUUUGAGCCUCUUGUCCCUGCCCGUCUGGGGAAGUCCCCCUGCAGCCGGUGGGGGCUCGGCUGUGGGGCACUGGUUGCUGCAGGGAUCCGAGCCCCUCAGGAGAGGCAGAGGCUGCUUUCAAACAAGCCUGGCUUCUCGUUACGGAAGAGGGAAGAAUUAAAAUCCGUGCAGCUGUUACCGCCCACACCUUUGUUUAGCGGAGGUUCUUUUCCCAUCCUCGCGUCUGGCCGCGGUGCCACACGCCGGGGUUGGCGUGCGUUAGCGGGCAGCACCGCCCGCCCGGGAUGCGUUUUGCGGUGAGCUCUGGCAUUCCCUCCGCGCCGAGCCGCUUGGUCAGACAGCUUCCUCGCUCGUUAGUCAUUUGUCAGCGCUGAGCGCAGGUUUGUGACAGCGGGUUUGUGACAGCAGAGCGCAAGCUCCUGUUAGACUCCUGGCUCCCAUUAGCAUUCCCUGGCUGUGUCCUGCGCCUCGCUCCACAUUUAACCCUCGGUGCCACGCAGGGGAGCAGGGACCCACAGCAACGUGGGAGCAGGAGGGAGCCGAGGGGACCCCCCAGGCUGGGACAGGGACCCCCGGACCCGGGGGACAGGCGGACUGUCUGCUGUAGCGCACCGUGGGUGCACAGCUCUCCCAAGGUGUGUGCGCACAGAGCAAAGGCGGGAUGUUGAAGUCCCUCGCCACCCUCUCCUCCUCCCCAGAGGAGUCCCCAGUGUCACUGCUGCGGUGUCCCCGAGCACGGUGACCUUGCUGGGGAAGGUCUCUGCAUUGCUCUGCAUCGCGGUUGCACAAUUAGAGACGCUGGCUAUGGGAGGUUAAAAGCUGAGACAUCUGUUCCACGAACCAUCAGCUUCACUUGAUUUUGUUUUCUUUAACGUAUUCAAACACUGGUUAAGAUGUUUGGGGCAAAUGUUGCAAUCUAGUUUUAAAACAAUUCUUUAUUCUUUUCUUUAUUCUUCUGUGUAGCGGGGCUGCCCAACCUGUCUGAACUUUGGUUUAACAAUGUUUGUUGAUUGCGAUGUUACUUGGAUCAAGGCUAAAAGUAAUUUUUCUAAAUGAAAUGUUUCUUGCAAAUAAACAGGGAAGAUGUUUUGCUGCU